UGUAGGACCCCUACCAGAAUCUAAUGGAUGCACCUACCUUUUCACUUGUGUUGAUCGUUUCACACGAUGGCCGGAAGCAGUACCUAUUAGGAUAUUGCUGCUGAAACAGUCGCUCGUGUUUUCAUAGAAAGAUGGAUCGCGAACUUCGGAUGUCCAUCUUACGUCACGACCGACCGUGGGCGCCAAUUUCAGUGUUGAUUAUUUCACGCUCUAACGGCACUUUUAGGUUGCACCCGGUUCCGAACGACAGACUACCAUCCACAAGCAAAUGGCAUGGUAGAGCGUUUUCAUCGACAGUUGAAAGCUUCCCCUUCAGCUGCAAACAUUCCUCAGUGGACCGAGGCUCUGCCUCUAGUCCUACUAGGUAUUCGUAACGCCUUGAAAGUUGAUGCUGGAUGUACUCCUGCAGAACUCGUCUAUGGGACCACUCUUUGCCUACCAGGUGAGUCUGUUUCUCCUUCAACUUUCAAACAUGUUUCCGACAGGGCAUCGUACGUGACUAGGCUUACAAACGCAAUGCGUUCAGUUAGGCCUUCUCUGGUUAGACCUCAAACGACUGAUGUCUUCGUUCACCCCAGUUUACAAAAGACGUCACGCGUGUUUAUUCGCCACGACGCCGUUCGUCGACCACUUGAACCAUCCUGCGACGGGCCUUUCAAAGUGAUCAAGAGACACGAGAAAUUCUACAUAAUUGAGCGAGAUGGACGUGAAGAUACUGUUAGUAUCGACCGUUUGAAACCAGCUUAUUUCGACUGCAACCCCAUUAUAAGCGACGUUUCAGCUGGUUAUAGCCUACCGACGGAUAGCCCAAUUAUCGAGAUUCUUGACGAUGUGCCUGGUAAUGCACAGUUGCAACAACGGUCGGCGCAACAGAAAACGCGAUCAGGUCAAACCGACAGGUUCCCGGAGUGUUUAAAGUAGUAUUCGACUUAUUGGUGUGAA